CACGUCGCCUGUGGUAAAAGACACGUAACAAAACAGAACCCAGAAGCGUAUUUGUGAAACAGUUCAGAAGUUUGUUUGACACUGACGUACCGACAAGCCGCCAGCCGAAUGUAAAAUUAUCUUCAAUUUUCAUUCCCAAUAUAAGCAAAAAUGAAUCAAAAGUGGUUUACAUUGUUGCUAGUAGCUGCGGUGUGCUUGUGCGUAAAUGCUAAAAAAUUCAAGGACGGCGAAAAACCAGCUUGGGCCAAAAAGGAUAUACGUGAUUACAACGACGCAGAUUUGGAACGCCUGCUAGAUCAAUGGGAGGAAGACGAAGAACCGCUGGAGCCGGACGAGCUACCGGAACACUUGCGGCCGGCGCCUCCCAUCGACAUGUCACAGCUGGAUAUGGCCAACCCGGAGAACAUUCUCAAAGCUUCCAAGAAGGGGAAAACUCUGAUGAGCUUCGUGAUGGUUAACGGGAAUCCAACCCGUGAGGAAACUGAGGAAAUAACCAAACUGUGGCAAACAAGCUUGUGGAAUAAUCACAUUCAGGCGGAACGCUACUUGAUAGAUGAUAAUCGAGCGAUAUUCAUGUUUAAGGAAGGUUCCCAGGCGUGGGAGGCAAAAGAUUUCCUUGUGGAGCAGGAGCGUUGCUUGCAGGUUACGAUCGAGAACAAGGAUUACAAGGGCAAGCACAAUCCCGUUGCGGACGACGACGCGGACGCGGCGAAGGAUGAACUUUAGGUUUAAUUUUUGUGAGAGUUAGAUUUGCGGCAGAUAUUUGAAUGGUGUGAAUACUAAGUUGUUCAUUAAUUACAAACAAACAACCUCUUUUGGUUAGACUGAUAAUUAAACUUUCCUCUGAUUUGUAUACUCUUGAUGAUCUGUCAUUAAACGUACAAGUAAAGGUUAAAAGCUA